AUGGCGGCCGACUUGGACCUGGACGACGUGAUCCAGCGCCUGCUGGACGCGGAGGCGCCCCUCAGCUCGCCGUCCGCCGCCCCGCCGCUGAAAGCCGAGGAGAUCCGGCACCUCUGCGCGGCCGCCAAGGAGCUCCUCCUCAAGCAGCCGACGCUGCUCCAGCUCUCCGCCCCCGUCAACAUCUGCGGCGACAUCCACGGCCAGUACCCCGACCUCCUCCGCCUCUUCCGCGAGAUCGGGCCGCCCUCCGCCGCCAACCGCUACCUCUUCCUCGGCGACUACGUCGACCGGGGCACGCAGAGCAUCGAGACCAUCUGCCUCCUCCUCGCCUACAAGCUCAAGUACCCGGACGCCUUCUUCCUCCUCCGCGGCAACCACGAGUGCGCCGCCGUCAACAAGCAGUACGGCUUCUACUCCGAGUGCGCCUCCCGCGGCCGCCGCAUAGUCAGGCUCUGGGAGGAACUCAACGCCGUCUUCGCCUGCCUCCCGCUGGCGGCGCUCGUCGGCUGCGAGGGUAGUAACAAGAACAAGAAGAAGAAGAUCCUGUGCGUGCACGGCGGGCUCUCGCCGGAGCUCGAGAGCCCGGACCAGAUCCGCCAGAUCAAGCGCCCGCUGGCCGACGUCCCCGAGCACGGGCUCGUGUGCGACCUGCUGUGGUCGGACCCCGCCGCGGACGGCGACGAUUGGGGGUGGGGGGACCCGCGCAGGUGCACGUCCUUCACCUUCGGCGCCGACGUGGUGGAGGAGUUCUGCGAGAGGCACGGGCUGGCCAUGGUGUGCAGGGCGCACGAGAUGAAGGACGGCGGGUACGACCAAGGGUUCGCCGGCGGGAAGCUUGUCACCGUGUUCUCUGCACCCAACUACUGCGGCAAGUGCGGCAACGACGGCGCCGUCAUGACCGUCGCCGGUGACCUCGCCUGCUCCUUCCGCGUCUUCCACCCUGAGAAUACUGCCACUCCUCCUCCGGCUCCUAUUUAUCUUUAG